CCUGGCCGGGCCUGGCCUCCCCUCUCCUCCCCACAGGGCCGGUUCCCGCUCCACAGGCUGCUGGUGGUGGCCCAGCUGGGCCAGGGGACAGCGGCUGAGGAGGUGGCAGGUUAUCACAGAGGAUUGUUUGACAACGCAUUAGAAGACCACUCCGGAGAACAAGUCUCAGGUCUGCUACUCCUCUAUUCCAGCUGUAUCUUUCAUGUAGUUGAGUCCUGCAGUAGCACAAUCCAUCUCAUCAUCCAAGAUUUAGCUUCUCUCCAAAAUCAAGGUCACAGGUAAGGGCUUCGAUGGAAUUCACUCUUUCCACACAGGGCUUUACUCCAGGAAAUUAAAGUUUUAGUGGUGGCACAUAACAUCCCCACCAGACUGUUCCCAGACUGGCACGUGGCAACAGCGACGCCUCCGGCGACACGUCCACGGGCCCCGACGCCAGCGCAGUCCACGGCGGAGGUGGUCGCAGAGUGCCUCGCCCUCCUACCCCAACUGGCAGACUGCGUUCAGAAUUUUGAGGAUGACAGUGAGGAUACGAAUGAGAACGUACACACUCUUGCACCCGAGCUGCUAAUCCCGGCAGAGACAAUUAACUAUUUGUGUAACGCUGAAGAAUGGGCAAGUCCCGAAGAUUUUUUGAGGAUUUAUUUAAGUCCUUCACAACCUGCCCUGGAUUCAGAAACUGUAUGGCCUGUUCCAUCCCACUUCUCUGUGUGACACAGGCUGUAUCCAGCGUUCCUCCUCGCAGCGGGCCUCAUCUCUGUUUAAGGUGAAUCUACACAGCAAAGAACAGAUGCACGUUCACUCCCAGGAUGCUCCCACCAGAGUCCUUCGGAG